AUGAACAUUGCCCGUCCACUGACCUUCUAUGUUCCACAACAUCGCCUUGCAAUCCGGACGCUGGCCUGCACAGAGACCUCGAGCUUCCAAGCAUCUCCUGCUGGCAAUCGACUGCGAGGCUUAAGACGACAUUUUGCGAGCUCUUGUGACAAGAUGGCACCAACUACGAAGCAAUAUGAUUAUAUAGUCAUUGGAGGAGGCAGUGGGGGCUCUGGUGCCGCGAGAAGAGCCUCCGGGUGGUAUGGAGCAAAGACGUGCAUAAUCGAGAAUGGUAGAUCUGGAGGCUGCUGCGUCAAUGUCGGCUGUGUGCCGAAAAAAAUGACCUACAACAUGGCUCAGAUCAAUAGAGCACUGAGAAAUGGGCGCCAUUAUGCCUACGACAUUCCAGAGAACACACCAUUUGAUUUUGGGGCUUUCGUGGAGAAGCGAGACGCGAGGAUCGAGGCCUUAAACGGCAUCUAUGAAAGCAAUUGGGCUAAGGAAAAUAUUGAGUUGAUCCAUGGCAAAGCCACAUUCUUGUCGCCGCACGAGAUCCAGGUUGAUAUGAAGGAUGGCAGUGGGACAGUGACGUUGACGGCCCCUAAGGUCUUGAUCGCCACAGGAGGCUACCCCUUGAAGCCAACGAAUAUCAAGGGUGCAGAAUACGGUAUAACUUCAGACGAUUUUUUCUCGAUGAAAAAGUUGCCCAAAAAGUAUGUCUUGGUCGGUGCGGGAUAUAUUGCAGUCGAGAUGGCUGGCAUGUUAAAUGCCCUUGGCGUCGAAGUGCAUAUGUUCUUGAGGCAAUCGAGGUUUUUACGGAAAUUUGAUCCUAUGAUCCAGGAUACUAUGACCAAGCAUUAUGAGGAUGCCGGAGUGAUCAUCCACAAAAAUCACCCUGAUAUCAAAGAAGUGGUGCAAGUCCAGGCAGCCACGUCCGAGUCGGAUCCCUCGUCAAAGCAGCUAAAGCUAAUCCAUACCGAUGGCUCAGAGUUCGAAUGCAACGAACUAUUAUGGGCUAUUGGUCGGGCACCUGAAAUACAGGACCUUGACGUCAAGAGGAUUGGCAUGGAACUUGGGAAGAAAGGUCAUAUCGUGGUCGACGAAUACCAGAAUACUUCCAUACCUGGCAUUUAUGCCAUCGGUGACGUUACGGGUCAGGCGGAAUUGACCCCAGUUGCUAUUGCAGCCGGUCGCAAGCUAGGGGACCGUCUCUUCGGACCUCCCGAGCUUAAAAAUUCGAAGCUCGAUUACAAUCGUAUCCCGAGCGUGGUCUUCAGUGAACCGAAUUGUGGUGCCACAGGACUGACUGAGCCUGAAGCCAUCGACAAAUAUGGGAAGGACCAGAUUAAGAUCUAUCAUACCAAAUUCAGAGCAAUGUUUUACGAUGUUUUUUCGGAGCCAGAACGGAGUCAGAACCCGACGGAGUACAAAGUUAUCACUGUUGGCAAGGAAGAGGAAAUCGUGGGCAUGCAUCUGAUAGGGGAUGAGGUCGCUGAAGCUAUGCAAGCAUGGGGGGUUGUUGUUAAGAUGGGUGCCAAGAAGCGCGAUUUGGACAGCUGUAUCGCUAUCCACCCUACUUCGGCGGAAGAAUUGGUCACCUUGAAAUGA